GUCGGGGCGCGAGGGGGCGGGGGCCCAGGAAGCGGAAAGCGGCGGCGCCGGCGGUGCACCCACCAUGUUGAGCCCCGCCAACGGGGAGCAGACGCCGCUGGCCAGCUACGUGGAGGACUACCUGGACUCGGUCGAGUCGCUGCCGUUCGACCUGCAGAGGAACGUGUCGCUCAUGCGGGAGAUCGACGCCAAGUACCAAGAGACCCUGAAGGACCUGGAUGAGUACUACGAGAAGUUCCGGCGGGAGACGGACGGCGCUCUCAAGCGGCGGGCCCUGCACUGCAUCCAGCGGGCGCUCAUCCGCAGCCAGGAGCUGGGCGACGAGAAGAUCCAGAUCGUGAGUCAGAUGGUGGAGCUGGUGGAGAACCGCGCCCGGCAGGUGGACAGUCACGUGGAGCUCUUCGAGGCGCACACCGAGGUGGGCGAUGCCCCGGGCGGCCUGGGCAAGGCCGGGCAGGAGAAGGCCAAGGGCGAGGCGCUGGCGCCGGCCGAGAAGCCCAACAACAAGCGGUCGCGGCGCCAGCGCAACCACGAGAACCGGGAGAACGCCGCCAGCAACCACGAGCACGACGACGCAGGGACGCCCCGGGAGAAGCGCGCCAAGGCCUCCAAGAAGAAGAAGCGCUCCAAGGCCAAGGCCGAGCGAGAGGCGUCCCCGGCCGACCUGCCCAUCGACCCCAACGAGCCCACCUAUUGCCUGUGCAGCCAGGUCUCCUACGGGGAGAUGAUUGGCUGCGACAAUGACGAGUGUCCCAUCGAGUGGUUCCACUUCUCCUGCGUGGGCCUCAACCACAAGCCCAAGGGCAAGUGGUACUGUCCCAAGUGCCGCGGGGAGAACGAGAAGACCCUGGACAAGGCGCUGGAGAAGUCCAGAAAGGAGCGUGCCUACAACAGGUAGUCGGCCGGCCCUGCGGGACAGUGGACCGAGGCGCCCGCUGCGGGGCAGCACAGCGAGGGCACAGUUGGGGGCCGGCCGGCGGGCAUUGGCCGGGGCGCGGAGCAGACGGGGCCACAGCCUAGAAAACCUCCGAGGCAGGUUCCAGCCAGACCUUGGUGAGCCAGGUGGACGAGUCAUGUAGGGGGCCGAGAGUCUGGUGGGGACUUGGAAGCACCCUGACACGUGCGGGGUCAAAAGAGGUUUUGCUUAGCGCCUGUUUUAUUGUCAUGAGAAUAAUGUCAUGACUUUAUGGGUGAGGUUUGGGGGAACUAGCUCAGUAGCUAAGAUUCCAGUCCAUCACAGACUUACUCCCGGCUAUAGCAACGUCUAUCCAUAUAACAAAUUCAAUAAAAGGGCCAAAGUUGGAAGAUUAUCUUUUUCUUCCAGAAGUCAGUGCCUGACUCGGACACGACAAGACGUUUCAGGUAUGGGCCGGGCCCCGGGCUGUUUGGAAAUGAGGGAUAUUUCGGUGGCUGCCCCCCAGAUGUAUAAAUGUACAUUUUCUUCCCAAGUGAGCGGGGCUUCUCCGUGGGCCUCCGCCCCUGCGUAUGCAUGACAGAUGUAUGCUGUACAAAUGUGACGGAACUCGGCCAGUCUCUCCUCUAGCAGUAUUUCAUUUUGACGUUAGUGAUUUUUAAAUGUUUGUCUUAAAAAACAAUGUGCACACCAGCAGCUUUGACAAAGCCUUAAGCAAGUUUUGUAUUCUUUCUCUCACCUGAUGCUACCCCAGAAGCUGCCCGGUGCCCGCCGACAAGGCUCGGCAGCAUCUCCUCAGCUGGGUGUGGGGACGCAGCCCCUGGACCCACCCGGCUUUCUGUGCGCCCCCCGAGUUCACAUUGAGCUGUUGUUAAACGGUUAAGAGACAACCAGAGCAAGGAUCUGACACCUGAAAGUGAUGAAAUUCCAAUCUCAGUCCCCAUGAAUAAAGUUUUAUUGCACACAA